AUGCCGAAACAACGUCUACAAACAACGACAUUAAAUUCUGCUUCUGGAAAUACUUCAAGGCGUCAUUGUGAUACUGUAUCUAGACCUAAUGCAACAUCAGAUAAUGAAGAUGUAAUUCCAAUUCCAAUACAAAUUUUUCUAUGGCGACAGAGCAAUCCAUUUAUCAAACAAAAGUUUGGUAAUCUAACUGAUGCAUCUGCAAUUAGUUUUGACCGAGUUCUUGUUCAAAACAUUUUACAUGGUUUAUCACCCAGUCUUAGUGAUGCUAUAGCUAGUAUUCCAAGAUGGUUAUUAAUCAAAGUGGCAUUUCCACAUGUAAUGCAUGCAUGUUCAGCUGGGAUUGAACAUAGUCUUCAUUCAAUACAACAACAACCAACAACUAGUGGUCAUCCAUCAUUACUAGUUUCAUCAUCCUUAUCUCUUUCACCAUCGGCUUCAUCACAACUUCAAGUUCCAACUAGUCUUCAAUUACCUCUUAAUACUCCUAAUCUACCUCCACCUCUUGUUCCAUUAACUUCCACAACUCUUUCACCAACAAUAUCUGGUGAACAUCAAUCUGGUCAUCCAUCAUUAUUUCGUCUCUCAUCAGCGGCACAUAGUACAAGUAGUUAUUCAUCAUUAACAAACAAAUUAAGUCCAACUGAAAUUCGUCUUUUUCAUACAUUACAUUAUCUCAUAUUAGAUUCUCGUAGUCAAAAUAAUGAUACAUCUAUAAGUACUGAUCAACUUUUACCAUUAACUACAAUACAAUUAUUUAUUUAUUUAUUUAUUCCAUAUAUUCAUACAUAUUUACAAAGUAAUGAAAAAGAAUUUUUAUCACAUCCUGAUCUUUCUCAGGGCAUGCGUCUUAUAUGGCAACCAUUACUUGAAUAUCGUCAACCAAAUAUACGUAUGUUUAGUUCAUUUGUUAAACCAAUUAUACCAUCAUAUGCAUCACCAAAUGAAAAUGGUGAUUAUAUAUCAAUAAUAAAUGAAUCACAACAACAACAACAACAACAACAACAACAACAACAACAGCAACAGCAACAGCAACAACAAACAUUUUAUAUAAAUAAUAAUAAACGUAAUCGUUUAUCUGUGUUGGUUGAAUCACCUACACCAAUACCAACAACAAAAGCAAUUCUUGAAGAAUCUGAAGAAGAGCAACAAUCUCAAGUUUCACAAGCACCACCACCACCUCCUUCUCCACCUCCACCUCCAUCCCAACUACCACAACCAUCAGCAUUACCACCGUCUCAACCCUUAACAACAAACGAAUUUAUUCCACAAUUACCAAGAUCAAUAUCAGAAAAGCAACCAUUAUCUGAUUUAACAAAUCAACCAACAAUGAUGGCACCCAUUGUUAGUAGUGAAGGAAGUAGUGUAAGUUUAUUUCAACCACUAAUAAUAAAAAAAGAUCAAAAGUCAACAUCAUCUGUUCUUGCUGAUUCUGAUACAACAACAAAUAAUUCAAUAACUGAUCUUAGUGCUUAUGGAACAUCAAAUGGUACAAAACCACGAGCACCACUCGUACAUAUGAGUUCAAUUUGUUCAAUAUCUGAUUCAAGUCGUUUGACAACAUCACCACAAAGUCCAGGUGGUGAUAAAUUUAAUAUUUUACCUGGUGGUGCAGGUUCAUCAUCAUCAUCAGCAUCAACACCAUCUGUUCUAUUACCUUUACAUUGUUCUCAAUGUCAACAACCUGUAUUUGCUCCUAAUCAUCCACAAAAUAUUCCAUAUGUUUGCUCAAGUUGUACAGCUAUAAAACCAACAUCUACACAAAAAGUAUCUGAUCUUCCAUUAAAACCAGCAAUUCAAAAAGAUUCAACAUCAACAACACAACGUCAAAGUAUUACAAUACCAAAACCUCGAACAUUUCAACGUUCAUCUGAAUUACUUCUACUUGCAACUUAUUUUGAUAUUGGAAUAUUACGUACAUUAUUUAGUCCAUCAUGGUUAACAGAUGGUUAUUUAUGGUGUUUAGAAUAUUUACAUAAACGUAUUAUUGAUAUAUCUGAUGAAAUUUUAUCAGAUGCAUUAAUGAGUGGUACAUUACCAAUAAAUAUUCUUCGUUUUAAAAGUCUUUCGAUUCCACAAUUAAAUCUUGGUAAUGAACAAGAUUAUUAUGAAUAUUUAAAAAAUAUUUAUUUUAAUGAACAAGUUACAAAUGAUAUCAUUGAACAACAAUGUAUGAUGGCUGGUACUGGUGAUAUAGCAACAUCAGCAUCAAUUAAACAACCAGCUACAUUAUUAAAUGUACCAUUUAAAUAUUUUGCUGGAAGAAGUCCAUAUAAUGGAAAACAUAGUCAAAAAUAUGAUAAUUUUUAUAAGAAAAUAAGUAAAAUUCGUUAUAUUGAUGAAGAAGGUAUUGAACAUUUGGAUUUGGCUAAUGUUGAUCGUCGAGAUAAUUUAGCAACAUCAUCAUCAAAAACUAGUCGUCUUCAUCUAACUGAUCCAGGUUUAUUAUUACUUAAAACAACAACAAUAAAUCCUACUGAUCGUUCUCUAUUACCUACAACAACAGCUGGUACAGCUCGACAAUCAGUUGAUAGUCUAUUAAAUACUUCAAAUCCUAAUACAACAAAACUUACUACUACUUUACCAACAACUAAUUUAAAUACAAUGAAAACUUAUAGUGUUAGUGAUUCAGAAAUAAAUUAUAAAUUUUUAGAAGAAAUUGAAGAAGCACAAGGCUCAAGUGCAUAUAUUAAUCGAAGUGGUACAAUUAAUUUUGGUGUUGUUUUAGCUGGAAUACAUGCUGUUAUAUGUAAAGAACAUCAUUUAAAAGUUUGUGAAUUAGUAAUGAAUAUUCUCGAUGUUUUACUUGGUUUGGCUGUUAUAUCAUCAUCAGAAGAUGAUUUACAUAAAAAACAAUUAUUAACUAUUGGAAAUACUGGAACAACAAGUGACGAUAGAGGUGAUGAACAAAUAGAAGAAUGGUUAAAACAAAUUGAUGCAAAAGAAGAAGAAAAAUUUCAAUUAGCUGUGGAUAUUACACUUAGAAUAAUCAAACGAUUAGGAUGUCCACAUUGUCAACCACGUGGGCGUAGUUUUACAGCUGAUCAAUUACGUGGUAAAGUACGUUUAUCAUUAAAUAAACUUCGUAUACUUAAUCACCAUCGAUUUGAAAAAUAUUUUCUUAAUUUAACUCUGAAUGGUGAUCUUGUCCAUAUACUUGAUAUAUUUCAUGCAUUAUGUGGUUAUUGUUCAGAAUCCAAUGUUGGUCUUGCUCAUUAUUCACCUUAUAUUCCAACAAAAGUUGAUACACAUUUACGGCAAACAUAUUCAAAUAAUUUUGGUAAUACACAUCUUGGUGUUGGACCAAAAGGUAUUGAUGGAUUUAUAUUAAAUAUUAUAUUUAAACCAUUUGUUACACGUCUUAUAAUGAUGAAAGAAUAUUUAAUGAGUUCAGAAAAUGUUGCUUUAUAUGGUGAAUGUCGAGCUUUUUUAACAUGUAUUAAAGAAAAUCAUGGUGGAAUAUUUCGUUUGGUAGUUUUUUCAUCAUUACUUGAUCCAGAAAAAAAAAUUAAAGCAUUAAAACAACAAGAAAUAAAUACAAAACAAAAAACUAAAGUACCACAUACUUUUACUCGACAAGAUCCUGUUAAUACUAAUGGAAAAGGAACUUCUCUUAAUCGUGAUCUAUCAGAUGAUGCUGAUCUUGAUCGUCAUGGAAGUACUAGUCAACCAUUACCAACAUCCGGAACUGAUGAUGCACCAGUAACAAAUGCUGCAUCAUCAGCAUUUAAUAUCAAAUUAAAAACUAUUCGUGCACGAACAGGAUCAUUAAUGGGUGGUGAUGAUCAUAGUUUAUAUACACAUCAAGAAGAAAAUUUAUAUGUUGAUUUAUCACUUGUUCGUCUCGGUUUAUUACGUUUAAAUUUUAUGAUGGAAUCAUGUCCACCAGGUUCAUUACCUGAUCCACAAUUUUUAAAUACACUUCUUACUUUGGAUUCACCAGUUAUAUCAAAAGCAGCAUAUCUUGUUGAAUGUGCUCAUUUUGUUCGUCGUUGUUCAUUAGGUCAAUGGCCUGAAUGGAUGCGUAUAAAUAUGACAACAUUUCGUCCACAUGAAUCAUUUGCUGUACGUGCAACUGGAAAUAUGAAUUCAAGAUUAAAUAAAUUAUAUCAAGCAGCUGCAGCAAGAAUGUUUUAUAUAUGGGGUGAAGCUCUUUCAUCACAACUUGAAGCGAUAUUAGACAAUGAACAACAACAACAAAUAACAACAGAUCAUACGAAUGAAACAGGAAUAGGAUUAGAGGGAGGAGGAGGAGUAGGAACGAAUUUUUGGAACAGUGAUGAAACAUAUGAAGAUUAUUAUAAUGAAGCAAUUGUUAAUCGUUCAGGUCAUGAUUGUCCAUAUUCGUUACGUAUUAUGGCUUGUUUACUUCUUUAUGAAAUUACAUCAUUUUUACGUGAAGUAUAUGAUACAUUACCUAAACUAUCAUCAUUACCACCAACAGGAGUUAAUAUUCGACAACAACAACAACAACAGCAACAACGUACAAAUAAUCAAGGAGCAAGUGCGCCAACAACUCUUGUUGAAACAUCAUCAACAUUAACUGAUAAACGUUCAACAGAUCGUAUGCGUAUGGGUAGUGUUGUUUCUCAAAUAUCAAAUAGAAGUUCAGCUUCACUAUCAAGUGAACAUCCAGCACUUUCACCACAAGCAUCAUCAGCAACAAUUCCACCUGUUUUAAGUACAAUACCAGCAACAAUAAUAAAUAUAAAUCCAACAUUAGCUGGUGAACGACAUAUUAGUUUUGCUGUUAAUAAAGAAAAUGAUUCAAAUGAAAGUAAUCAUACAGCUCUUAUUAUAAAUGAUGAUGAUGGAGUUGUUGUUGUUGAUGGAAAUUCAACACCUAUAGUUAAUGACAGACGAAUGUCUGUUGCCGCAUGUAAAUCAGGCAGUGUUACUGGUAGUACUGGUAAAUCAAAAUUAAUUCGACGAAGUAGUGUUAAAUUAAGAAAACCAUCAAUCAGAAUGAAAGAUACAGGAAAAAAUAAUCGUCGUUCAUCUUAUCGAACACGUCGUCGUAGUCAUGCAUCAAAUAUUUCAUCUGAAACAGAUGGUCAUCAAAGUAAUAUAGGAAGUUCAGCUAUGGAACCACCUGAUGAAUAUUUAAAUGGUAAUGAUGAAGAUAUUGAUCAAGGAAAUUUUGAUGAUAUAAUUAAUACUCGACCAUUUCCAUGGAUAAAGGUUGUUAUAAGAAUAUUAAAUGAUGCUAAUUUAACAUGUGAACAUCAAAUAAAAUGUUUAUCAAAUUGUUAUGAUAAACAAACAGCAAGUUGUAAAAAUCUUAUUCAAGCAUUAUUAAAUAUGUAUCGUUUAUCAUCAUUAAAUUUACCAAAUCUUGACUCAUCCUUUUCUCGUUCAUCAUCAUCAACACACAGAUCAACUAUACAUUUGAAACGUAAUGAUACAACAUCAAGUAAAAGUCAUCAUGAUCCUAAAAAACGACGACUUUCAACUUGUUUAUUUGGUGAAAGUACUGGUCCAAAUAAUGAUAAUACUGCAAAAGGUAUAAAUACAAAUAAAACAACAGAUGGACUAACUUAUGGUAUGAUUUUUGAAACAGCUGAUCCACAUUUUGAUAAACAAAUUAAUUCACAUUUUACUGCUAUUGCUGCUUAUUUGGAAAAACAAGUUGGAUCAUUAACACAAGUACCAUUAAUGAUACUUUGUAAAUCAUCUGUUUUAUUAGAAGAUGAACAUUAUUCACAAAUACUUCAUCUAUCAUGGGAACUUUUAUUAGAUCGUAAUGAAGAAUUAGCUGCUUGUGCUGCAACAAUUGUUAUUCUAACAGCUGCUCGUGCAAAUCAUUUAAUUGAUGCAUUAUUUCAUACCGAAAUGGAAAAUUCUUCAGCAUUAAUUCGUUAUAAUGCAAUAUUAAAAUUUCAAACAUUAUGGCGUUUUCGUUAUCAAUUUUGGAUUCGACUAGAAGAAGGUGCACAUUCAAUGAUGAAGAUUCUUCCACCGAGUAUUGAAUUUGUUUUACCAUCACCAGCACUUGGUAUUUCUAAUCUUCAAACAGUUGAUCCACCAUGGAUGCCACAUGCUAAAACACUUGUUCAACAAGUUGCUUUAAAUCAAGAAGAAGUCAGAGCUGUUGUUACAGCAAGUAAAACACGUAAAAAACAUCAACAAGAAUUAAUACAUUCAGCAUUAAUGGCUGAAGAAACAAGUAAACGAGUAGCAAGAGAAAAUUUUGCUAUAUCAACUGUACCAAUAUUACAAUCGGCUUCAUUUGAACCACUUUUACAUCAACCAAGAGAUGAAGAAGAAGAAGGACAUACAGAUGAUGAUCGAUUUGUUGAAACAAGUAUUCAAAUACGUCAAGCACAAGGAACAUUUCCUUCAGCAUUUGGUGCAGCUAUUUAUCUUCUUGUUGAAAUGUUAGAAGAUGAAGAAAUACUUGAAAAUGGUGCAACAGUAUCUGAAGCAGCUCGAAAAGCUCUUUGGACAUGUUUAGUUGAUGAACCAACAUUAUUAAUUCGAUUUUUCUUUGAAAAACUUUCUCAUAAAGAACGACGUAUAAAAUCUCUUCAAAGUCUUCGUCGUCUUAUGAUAUGUUUAACUGAUAUACCACCACAAUUUGCUCAUGCCGUAUUUAAUUAUGUUCUUGGUUUAUUAAUGAGUAUGGUACGUUCACCACUUGAUGGUUCACAAGAACUAAUUAUAGCUGGUCUUACAUUAUUAUGGCAAAUAAUUCCUUAUUUACAUGGUCUUGUUUUAAAAGAUUUAAAACAAAUUUUACGCAAAGAACAAGCUGAAAUGAUGAUAUUAAUAACAGGUAAUAUUCCAUCAACAAAAAAAGUUAUUAUACAUGGUCCAGAUUUAUCACAAAUUCCAACACAAGCCAUUAUACAAGAAGAUACACAAUUUAAUAAUGUUUUACAAGAAGCAUUAGAUUUUUUUGGUAUACCUGAUUCAAAACGUGAUCGAUAUUAUUUAAUUGAUGUUAAAACACAACAAAUACAUAUUCCUGAUACAUAUGUAAGAGAUUUUUAUUUUUUUCGUCGAAAUAUUUAUCCACAAUUAUCAUUAAUACAUAUGGAUACAAAACAAUCACAAAAACAAUUAGAACAAAUGUCUAUUUAUUUAAAAACAACUGAAUUAUCAAAAGUUUUAUUUGCUCGUUAUUUAGUUGAAAAUACACCAUAUAAUCAAAUACAUAAUUGUGUUACAUUUUUUCAUGAUGAACUUAUUAAAAGUCCAUCAUUUCCACGAAAACCAUUGGAAUCAGAUUAUAAUCUUUAUACAAGAAUAUCUGAUAAAGAAUUAUUUAAUUUAGAUAUGUUACAUAAAUAUAAUUGGAUCAAAUUAAUUGCAUGUUUAUUUUUCAAUAUGGAUGGUAAAACAACUACAACAUGGGAUAUAACUCUUUUUCUUAAUGUAAUCAAUGGUGCAUUUAUUUUACAUUGUGAAGAUUUUGCUAUGUUACGUUUUUGUCUUGCAAUAUAUAUCAGUACAGCUAAACAUUUUCGACAUAUAUUUGCUACAAAUGGUUAUCUAUUAGUAAUGCCAACAUUUCUUCGUGUUUAUUCAAAUAUUCAAUCAAAUCCAAUGUUAAAACGAGCUAUUGAAUAUUGUUGUAGACAAUUUUUUAUUUUACAUCGUAUACCAUUUAUAUUACAAAUGCUUGGUAGUAUAUCACAAUUACUUGAUUUUGAUGAACAAGCCGAUGUUACUGAUACAAAUAAAAUUCAACCAAUUCAUUUAUUUCGUUUAUUAAUUGCUUUAGAACAAACAAGUGUUGAUGCUAUGCGUGAUGAUUAUUCUAUAUUAGAAUUAGUUAAAGAUGAUUCAUCAUCAAAUAAAACAACAUCAAUUAUAACACCAACAACAAUGCCUAUUGCAAAUAUGACUGUUGUUGCAGCACUUGGUCAAGGAAAUAUGAUUGCACCAUCAACUAUUAAAACUUUAGAUUUUUGUUAUGCAGAUGAUGAUACAAUUUUUACUUUACUUAAUUGUAUUGAUGUUUGUGUUACUGUUGUUGCAUAUGCACCUGAUUCAAUUCGAUCAUUACAAAUGCUUGGUAUAAUAGAUUUACUUUUACCAAAAUAUUUAGAAUAUUUAAAAGAUCGUACAAAUAAAAAUGAUACUCAAAAACAUGGUCGUGAAGAAAUAAAAAUAAUUGAAAAAUUAUCCGUUGCUAUUAAAACAAUGAUAAGUGCAUCAGAAUCUUUAACACGAACAUUUGUUGGACCUAAACAUGAAACAUUAACAGGUGCAAGUUAUAAACAUUCACGUGGUUCAAAUCGUUCACCAUCUAUUGUACCUGAUGAAGAUUCAAUGAGUCGUUUUAUUGAUGAUCGAACAAAAAAUAAAGCUCAAGAUGGUGAUGAACAUAAACAAGCAUCUGAAUUUCGUUGGCCACGUGAUACACUUCUGUCAGUUAUAUCAACAUUUAUUCAUUUUUCUACUCAACGUUUAAAAGAAUUAAAUAAAUUAAUUAAUGAUCCAACAUUACGUAUGCCAGAAUUACUCGAUGCAAAAUCUCAUACACGUCUUGCUGAUAUAGCACAUACAUUACUUAAAUUAGGUGGUUAUGAUCCAAUAACUAUGUCAUGUCGAGGUAUACAAAAUUAUUUUCAAAAAUUAUUACCAUGGACUAAUUGGAGUCAAGAACAAUUACGACCAGCAUUAAAUCUUUUAUUAAGACGUAUUGAUAGAAUGUUUUCAAAAAUAUGUAAAAAACCAAUGACUAAACGUUGUUUUGAUUGGGAAGCAACAGCAGGAAUUUUAAAUGGAAUUUAUUUAACUAUUGAUCGUCAUCCAUAUAUUGCUUAUUUUCCUAAUCUUAAAGCAUUGGUUUCAGGAUGUAUUGCACUUGUAUUAAAUGAAAAUGUAUCAGAAUCAAGUCAUAGUGUACCACGAUUUGAUACAGCGGCUUUUCCAAAAGAAUUUUCUCGAGUUGUUAUUAAACUUGUUGGAAGAUAUUUAUUAGCUAUUAAAAAUCAACCAAAUUUAGAAGCAUUAACUGGUAACAGUUGGUCAUUUCCAAAUGUACCGUCAGCAAUAAAUCAUUUAUUACAUUUUCUUUUACCAUUAAUGUUUUGGGCUGGUAGUGGACGAAAAGAUGCACCAAAAAUUCAUUCAACUGAUAUUUCAUAUAUAAUAUCUAUAUUGCUUAAUGCACUAAAACCAUCAUCAAAACUUGCAUCAGCUAUGGGUGCACAAGGUGGAUCUGGAAGUGGGGCACCAGGACAAAUAAGUAGUGGACCUGGUACUGGUGGAGGAAAACAACAUUUAACUAUUGGUGAAGCUAUUUUACAAAAUAGUAGUUUUACACAUAAAUCUAUGCGACAAUUAAAAGAUCUUUUACAAACAGCAUCUUUAUUAGGUUUAAAAGUUUUAAUUAUUGGUUUUACUAAACAAUUAAAACGUGAAUGGCGACGAAUAGCUCAGUCAAUAAAAUUAAUGUGCAAUAAACAAUCGAAUGUUUCAUCAAUUCUUUUAUCAUUUAUUGAUUUUAUUGUUUCAUAUAAAACUCCAAUAUUUGUUAUUCUUCGACCAUUUCUUUUUCAUUACAUGUAUUCGAUUUCAUCGGAUAAUGAUCGUGAUUAUGAAAUGAUUACAAAUAUUCAACAAAAACUUAUUUUUGAUAAAAUAACACCAGCAAAAUCAACAGGAGAUAUUUUAAAUGGAUUAAUGCAAGAAUUAAAUCAUUUGAAAGCUGAAUUAACAGAUGAAUCGAAAUCAUUAUUUCCUUAUGAAACACGUCCAGUAGGUUCUGAAAAAGUUCGAUUUGAUACUGAAGCACUUGAACAAAUGAAAGAUCGUGAUGGUGGUACGGGCACAUCUGGUGCUACAACUGACGGACGAUCGGCUGGUAGUCGACUAACAAAUACUUAUCGUAUUCGACAACAACAAUCAAGUGAUAGUAGUUUAAAUGCAUCACCAAAAAAGAAAACAGAAAAAAUUCGAGCUAAAGAAGCAUUAGAUAUACUUGAAACAUAUCUUGCUCGUUAUAGAAUUCGAUCAGGCGCUGAAAUACCUGAUAUACCAAUAAAAUGGACAAGAGAUUUAACAUUAAAUCAUCCUUUAGCAACAGAUGAACCAACAACUCCUAUUCUAUCUGAAAGUUCACAUUUACAAUCAUCAUCAAAUCAAAAUCAACUUAAUCAACUAUCACGUUCAAUUACUGUUGCUGGUGACCGAAGUCCAUCAACAACAACUGAUCGAUUAACACGACAUUAUAAUAAAGUCGAAGAAAUUGAUGUUGAUCAAUCUACAACAACUAAAGAAGGUGCACAUAAAUUACGUACAUUUCGUGGUCGAAAACGGGAUACAGCACAUUUCGAUAAAAAUCGAUUAACAAAAGGUUUAAUGCGACCACAUAUAUCAAGUGAACCAGUUAUGACAUAUGAUGCUACAAAAGAAAUGAAUGAUAUAUUUCGACCAUCUAGACAAGCCAAUAAACAAGAUCUUACUUCAGUAAUGAAUGAAAAAACUUCUGAUUUUGUUGAUACACGUGCUUCCAAUGAUCAAAGUGUACUUGCUUCUGUUUUUAAUAAUACUACCAAUGAACAAAUAUCUUCAUCUUCUUCUAUUCCUAUGACAACAAUUCUUCCAACACAAACAGAAUCACAUACAGAAGUAUGGGUAUCACGUUUACCUAAUACACCAUCUGUAACUGAAGCCGACUAUGAAUCUCAAGUUUAA